AUGUUGUUGUUUCCGUGGAGAUCAAUGCUUAUAAUUUCCGCAAUUACUUUCGUUUGCCUAGCAACAACUACAAUUGGCUCUCUCGACGCUCGGCUUCCCCGUGAUGAAGUGGAGGCUUUGAAGCAAAUUGGAGCAAGAAUGGGGAAGAAGGAUUGGGAUUUUCGUGUAGAUCCAUGCAGCGGACUAAAUAAUUGGUUAGAUCCGAAUUCCAGCAAAGAUGGUCUUACUAAUAAUGUUACGUGCGAUUGUACCUUCCUCAAUAACUCUGUUUGCCAUGUUACCAGCAUAAUGCUCAAAUAUCAGAGCCUUACCGGAUCAUUACCUCCUGAAAUGGCCAAACUCCCUUACCUGCAAAUCAUAUGUCUGACCCGGACGUACCUAAACGGUACCCUUCCCAGAGAAUGGGCUUCAUUAAUGCAGCUUACGAACAUUACCCUUCUCGGGAACCGGAUAUCAGGAUCGAUACCAGCAGAAUUUGGAAAUAUCAGCACGUUAGUUGAGCUGGUUUUGGAGCACAAUCAACUGACUGGAACUGUUCCUCCAGAGCUUGGGAAUCUCUCGAAUUUAAAAAGAUUAACUCUUAACUCAAACUACUUGACUGGGGAACUGCCGGCACAGCUCGCUAAAUUGACUAAUUUGAAAGACUUUCGAAUAUCUGAUAAUCAGUUUGUGGGGACUGUGCCAAAUUUCAUUGAGAACUGGACACAACUUGGCAGACUAGAGAUUUUAGGUACAAGCCUAAAUGGGCCAAUACCUUCUGGUAUUGCUGCAUUGUCAAAUUUGAUUGAUCUUAGAAUCAGUGAUUUGAAUGGAAAGGGCUUCAGUUUUCCACCUCUCAGCAGGGCAAAGAUUUUGAAUACAUUGAUAUUAAGGAAUUGUAACAUUUCUGGGCCGUUGCCAGACUAUCUUGGCUCAUUAACAAACUUGACACUCUUGGAUCUCAGUUUCAACAACCUAACUGGACCUAUUCCUGAAAGCUUCAAGUACUUGUCUGGCACUAACAUAAUUUAUCUGACCGGGAACUUCCUCUCUGGAGAGAUUCCUGAAUGGAUGCUGAAAAAUGGGGAAAAUAUUGACCUGUCAUACAACAAUUUCACUGUAUCUGCAGUUCACGGCUGUCAACCGAGAGAAACGAACUUGUUCGCAAGCUCUUCAAGGGGCAACACAUUAGGCAUUGUUUCAUGCUUAAGUGAUUUUCAAUGUCCAAAAACUUAUUACUAUAUGCAUAUAAAUUGCGGUGGAAAAGAUGUGAAACUUAAGAAUGGUACCAAGUUUGAAGAAGAUAUGAUGUCAGGUGGGCCUUCAAAGUUCUUUCCAAGUGCGACUAACUGGGCCUUUAGCAGUACAGGCAACUUUUUGGAUAAUCAUCUCCCUACUGAUACAUAUAUCUGGAGCACUUCCAAUACUGCUGGGAACAAUUCGGAACUGUACCUGGAUGCUCGACUGUCCCCUCUUUCAUUGACAUAUUAUGGUUUCUGUUUGGGAAAUGGGAACUACACAGUUAACCUUCAUUUUGCAGAGAUAAUAUUCACUGACGACGGAACAUAUUUUAGUCUUGGAAGGCGCUUCUUUGAUAUAUACAUUCAGGGGAAAUUGGUGAAGAAAAAUUUCAAUAUUGAGGAAGAAGCAGGUGGAGUUAAUAAACCUGUUAUUAAGACUUUCACUGCUGUGGUAAGUGAUACGACGUUGGACAUCCGAUUCUUCUGGGCUGGAAAAGGGACAACCUCUAUUCCUCAAAGGGGAGUCUUCGGCCCCCUAAUUUCAGCAAUUUCUGUGGAACCUGAUUUUUCACCACCAGCGGAGCACUUGUCGGUAGGUUCUGUUGUAGGGAUUGUUAUUGCAGUUCUGUUUAUUGUUUCUGUGGUUCUAGUUGUUCUUAGGUGGAAAGGCUGUUGGCAAAACAAAGAUUCAUUGGAAAAUGAUUUAAGGGGAUUGGACUUGCACACAGGAUCAUUCACUCUUAGACAAAUCAAAGCUGCUACUAAUAACUUCGAUGCAGCUAACAAAAUUGGUGAAGGUGGUUUUGGUUCUGUUUACAAGGGUUACCUAGGAGAUGGAACUGUCAUUGCUGUAAAGCAACUGUCUUCCAAAUCAAAUCAGGGGAACCGAGAGUUUGUGAAUGAAAUAGGCAUGAUUUCAGCUCUACAUCAUCCCAACCUUGUGAAGCUGUAUGGAUGCUGCAUUGAGGGGCAUCAACUGCUGCUUAUCUACGAGUAUAUGGAGAAUAAUAGCCUUGCUCGUGCAUUAUUUGGAGCUGACGAACACCAGUUACAAUUAGAUUGGCCAACAAGACACAAGAUUUCUAUUGGUAUAGCGAGAGGUUUGGCUUAUCUGCAUGAAGAAUCAAGGUUGAAGAUUGUGCACAGAGACAUCAAAAGUACCAAUGUGCUACUUGAUAGGGAUUUAAAUCCCAAGAUAUCUGACUUUGGUCUGGCCAAGCUACAUGAAGAAGAAAACACCCAUAUUAGUACUCGCAUUGCUGGAACCUAUGGAUAUAUGGCUCCCGAGUAUGCAAUGAGGGGCUAUUUAACCGACAAAGCCGAUGUUUACAGUUUUGGGGUUGUCCUUUUGGAAAUUGUUAGUGGAAGGAGUAACACUAGUAUCAAACCAAAGCAAGAUUGUUUCUACCUUAUUGACUGGGCUAAUCUGUUGAAGGAAGAAGGUAACCUCAUGAAACUAAUAGAUCCAAGACUUGGAUCAGACUACGACGAAGAUGAGAUUAUGCUGACAUUGCUUAUAGCCCUUCUUUGCACGAAUGUUACGCCGACUGAUAGGCCUAGUAUGUCAUCUGUGGUUAGCAUGUUGGAAGGACGCAGAAUCAGCAAAAGGUCGGCUUCAGAACUGAGUACCUCAAGCCGAAAUGAGUUCAAGGCUCUAGAAUUCCAAGUGAGCAACAGUUUUCAAAGUCAAAUGAGAGCCAGAUACAAGAAGACUAUCUAG